GGUGCAAUGAAAAGGAAGCAACUAGAGAGUUACCUGCAGGAUGUUGCCCAGUUCUCCCACCCCAAGUUGGAGUUGGAACAGUACCCCACAGACCCACAUCUAGCUGCAAGUGUCCUGUACACUGCUCAGACCAGCUUCGGGGAUAUCGAGGACAAGGCUGUGUUAGAUAUGGGGGCUGGGUGCGGUAUUCUCAGUAUUGGAAGUGUAAUGUUGGGAGCAGGAAGUGUGACGUCAUUAGAGCUGGACUCCGAUGCUAUCCAGGAUUUACAGGAUAAUAUCACUGAGUUUGAGAUAGAUAACAUUGAUAUUAUCCAGUGUGAUGUUACCACCGACCUUGUCAGGAAACAUUCAACAGAAAUUUAA